AUGGGUGUAUGUAUCAGCAAAAGCAAGAGUUCUCCAAGAGCUGAUGUGGGGAGUCCCUAUGAUCAGAGAUCGAAUGAGCCGAACAUAGUUUACUCCAAAUCCCCUGCUCCGGAAGCCCAAUUGCCGGCCAGAAAACAGCCACCACCACCCAGCCCCAAAAGGUUUUUCAAAUCGGAUACGAUUCUGGGCAAAUCAUUUGAAGAUGUCAAAGAACACUACACUAUGGGAAGAGAAUUGGGUAGAGGUCAAUUUGGGGUUACGUACAUGUGUACACAGAAUUCAACCGGGUUGAAGUAUGCCUGUAAGUCGAUAUCUAAAAAGAAAUUGAUUACAAAGGGGGAUAAAGAGGAUAUGAGAAGAGAGGUUCAGAUUAUGCAGCAUUUGAGCGGGCAAGCUAAUAUCGUUGAGUUUAAAGGUGCUUAUGAAGAUAAACAAUCUGUUCAUUUGGUUAUGGAAGUUUGUGAAGGAGGAGAGCUUUUCGAUAGGAUAAUUGCAAAAGGUCAUUACAGUGAAAGAGCUGCUGCUUCAAUCUGUAGAUCGAUUGUUAAUGUGGUUCAUGUAUGUCAUUUUAUGGGUGUGAUGCACCGCGAUUUGAAGCCCGAGAACUUCUUACUUCUGGAUAAGAGUGAGAACGCGCUUUUGAAGGCAACAGAUUUUGGAUUAUCAGUUUUCAUUCAAGAAGGAAAAUCAUAUCGCGAUAUUGUUGGCAGUGCGUAUUACGUUGCGCCAGAAGUUCUGAAGCGUAAAUACGGGAAGGAAAUAGAUAUAUGGAGUGCAGGGGUGAUGCUGUACAUCUUACUCAGUGGUGUGCCUCCAUUUUGGGCUGAGACGGAGAAAGGAAUAUUUGACGAGAUUCUGAAAGGAGAUAUUGAUUUUGAAAGUGAUCCAUGGCCAUCGAUUUCUACAAGCGCCAAACACCUCGUGCAAAGAAUGCUUACACUUGACCCUAAGAAGCGUAUAACUUCCGCUGAGGUUCUUGAGCAUCCAUGGAUUAGAGAAGAUGGAGAAGCAUCAGACAAGCCAAUCGACAGUGCAGUCCUUUCUAGGAUGAAGCAAUUCCGAGCCAUGAACAAACUCAAGAAACUCGCCCUCAAGGUGAUUGCUGAAAAUCUAUCAGCUGAGGAAAUCCAAGGGCUAAAAUCGAUGUUUAUGAACAUGGACACGGACAAAAGUGGCACAAUCACCUACGAUGAACUUAAAACAGGGUUGGCUAGACUCGGGUCAAAACUCAGUGAGUCUGAAGUUAGACAACUCAUGGAUGCUGCUGAUGUAGACGGGAAUGGAUCAAUUGACUACAUUGAGUUCAUCACAGCAACAAUGCAUAGACACAAACUAGAACGUGAAGAAGAUUUGUACAAAGCAUUUCAGCAUUUUGAUACAGAUGCCAGUGGGUUUAUUACAAGAGACGAACUGGAAUCAGCAAUGAAAAAAUACGGAAUGGGAGAUGAAGCUACCAUUAAAGAGAUUAUUUCGGAAGUGGAUACCGAUAAUGAUGGGAAGAUAAACUAUGAAGAAUUUUGCACAAUGAUGAGAAGUGGGACACCGGGAGGAAAGCUGUUCUAAUACCAUUUUAAAGCACUCAAAAAACUACUGAACCUUGAACCAGGUCUGAUUGGCUAGCUUGUGAGUCAAGUAAGCAUUCUAUUUUUUUUUUUUUUGGAACUCCGUAUACAUCACAUGUACAAUGCUGUCUUGAUUCAUUCAAUUGUUUUUGGUUUUUUUUUUAUGUUUUUUUUUUUUUUUUUUUUUUUUAAUUU